UCUCUUUUUCCGUCCCAACAGACACGGCGCUGAAGACAAAGGCACUCUUCACAGCCUGGACGAGUGUGCCGCGCGUGUCCCACUACCACCCCAUCUGGCGUUAAUUAUAUUGAGGCAGCGAGAGACAGCAAGACACAAGAUGCAGCUGAGCGCCAAUGUGAUGGAGACCUGGAGGCUGACCGAGCUGUGAGGCGCUGAGGGAGUGAGGGCGGGGUGUGCUUGAGGGGGUAGCACACCAUGUCAAGCCCGGUGGAGGACCCACACAGUGUCCCCAGCCCUGCACACGCCACAGAAAACGCGUGCUGUGACCCUGAUUCCUGCCACAACAGGCAGUAAGUGGGUUCAAAUCGCCGUUCGAGUCGCCGAAAAGCCUCCGCGGCUCCUCUAAGGCAAGAUGUAUGGAAUGGUGGGCGGCGGGGGCGGGGCGUCGGGGACCGGCAGCAACAAGUCUAAUUCUCGACGCAACACGCAAUACCGCUCCUCUGCCAACGCUGCCGCAGGCGCCUCCUCCGGGGGAGUGAGCCGCCCUUCCAGGUCCCUCUACCGACGACUCCUAACCUUCAUUAAGCAGGCGUGGACAGGAGUCAAAUUUGGCUCAGACACGGAGCUGGACAUCAUCGAGCAGGAGCCACGAUAUCGCCCCGAGGACAUCAACGCCCUCUGCCGCACCACACACUUCACGCGGGCGGAACUGCAGCGCCUCUACCGGAGUUUCAAGGACCGAUGUCCGACGGGAGUGGUGCGGGAGGAUGCCUUCAAGGAACUCUAUUUCCAAAUGUUUCCCAAAGGAGCCAGCUCCAGCAAGUACCCUCACUACGUGUUCAACAAUUUGGACAAAGAGAGCACGGGUAUAAUCAACUUCGAGGACAUGAUCAAGCUACUCUCGCGCCUCUCCCGCGGCUCUCUAGACGACCGCCUCAAGUGGAUCUUCUCCCUCUACGACCUGAACGGCGACGGCUGCAUAACGCGGCAGGAGAUGACGGACGUGGUGCAGGCGGUGUACGAUCUGAUGGGCAAGCACACCGACACUCCCGUGGACGAGCAGACGGUGGGGCAGAAGGUGGAGACGCUCUUCACGACACUUGAUCUCAACAAGGACGGCGUCAUCACGCUGGACGAGUUCACGGAGGCGUGCGGGCGGGACGGCACCAUCGCCUACAACAUCGACGCCAUGCUCCAGGGUGACAUCAUCUGCCUCAGCUCCGCCGACCCCGCCCCGUCCGACGCUGCCUCUCGGGACAUCAGCAGGUGACGCCACUACUCGCCUCGGAGGGAGCGUAACACCUGCAUCAUCAGAGCAACUACGUGAUUUGGUCUUCAGUGCCAAUAUCCUCUCAGUCGUUAGAGCUGCCGCGUGAUCGAAGUAGAAGAGUUGGCACAUAGUGAUCUUCUCUCUCUCUCUCUCUCUCUCUCUCUCUCUCUCUCUCUCUCUCUCUCUCUCUCUCUCUCUCUCUCUCUCUCUCUCUCUGUCCAGCGUGGCAUGGAGAGGUCAUGUCUGCGGUGUGCCAGCUCUGUUGUGUGUGUGUGUAGAGCGCAUGACAGCGGCCCUUCGAGGAGUAAGGCUACUCGUAUAGUUUGUUGAGUAGUGAAGCCUCUGGGGCAGCACAAGGAGAGGUUAAAGGAGGCACACGGAAUGAGGAUGGCCCAUGAAGUGAUCCCAUGAGGUGUGUGUGUGUGUGUGUGUGUGUGUGUGUGUUGUCAAUGAUAGUCACACACUUGUGUGACCACAACAUGACAAGUAUAUCACGUGCUUGGGUUUUCUGUAUGUUGUUGCUGCGCAGGAGGCUUUCCUAAUGGUGCACAAUAACGAGAUGGAAUUAAUCUUUCCAGUAUUCAAUCUAGAAUGCCACGCCAUGCUUGGAUUUGUGGCGUGACAGUGAGUGAAAUGGUAUGCAAAACAAAGAGGUGUCCUUAAGCUUUUUAGGUUCUAUGAACGAUAUUCAUUUUACCUGCCAUUAAAUUUCAUCAAGGACAGAAGAGGCAGGGAGCCGCCUCACACUCUCCGGGAGGAGUGGGGCGGCGCCAUCUAUCCGGGCCGCCUUAUUCUCCGCCUCGGCCGUUGUCAGAUAAUCAAAACGGGGACAAAAUUUUCCCCAGCCUUAGGACGCCCCGCACCCCGCACUCAUCCACCACUCCUACACUCGACCCAAAUAUUUUGAUUAGUAAAGGUAGAUUUAUAUAUAAAAUGCAUAUAAAUAUAUAUACAAAAGUUUAACGACAUAUUUUCUACUUAAUAGUUAGUUUAUAUAAGACGGUUUGCUAUCCAGGUAGAAUUUCUUUAAAAAAAAGAUAUACCAUAUGAAGCUCAUUUGAAAAGUAUUUAUACUGAGACGAAUAAAAACGUGAAUAAACAAGAGUCCACAUCACAAUUGAGGACUGUUGCCCGAGCGAAGACACGCUAACCUAACUGUGAGUAAGCGGCACGAUGACAAUGCAGCGGUAAGACAAAACACGCAUCCUUUUCUCGGACAGCAUGGGCAGCACUGGCCACAAAGAAAGCCACACCUGUAUCAUUUCACGAAAAAGAACAGUUGGUACAGAAAAAAUACGUUAGUUCAACCUGAUACAUCGUCCCAUCCAAGGAGAGGCUCUUAAACCAUACUUAUUUAAUUAACGUGAGAGGUUCAAAGUCGUAAAAAUACUUGGGAAGGUUCUCAUCUCUAGAGCUCUCGUGUGACCUUCCUUAAUAAUUUUCAUUAAUCUAAAUAUUCCAAUAUUUUCAAAAUACAUUCCUCAAAGGAUACGAGAUGGUAACUUUAAAUAAGUGCCUUCUCAAACCAUUUUAUGCACUACUUUAACUGAGUAUUUACCACCAUGCAAAAUGUGAGCUCCCUAUAACAGUAAAAAAAAUAAAAUAAAUAAAUAAAUAAAUAAAUAAUAAUAAUAGAAAAAGAAAAAAAAACCGCACACACAGGUCAGGUGCAUAAACGACCACUGGAAGCAAUAGACUCACAGCACGUCAGCUUCGUCUGAAGUAUAGUCGCCCAGCUUCGCUCGGGCAAGUUAAACACAACCACCGAAUCAGUACCUAAUAUCUGAAACUUUACUGAAAUUUGCUGCCAGUAUUCUAAAAACACUCAAGAAAAUGUUGUUCAUUCCACUAAUUCCACUUCCGUAAAUUUCAAGCAGAUUUAUUUCGUUACCCUUGACAAAUAUGGUACAAAAAUCAAAUAAUCACUGUGAUAACACAUAUUUUGGCUUCAUUCUUGUUCCCCAACCAGACCCGCCACACCAGACCCUAAAGUGUGACGCACAACACUAGAUAUCACGAUCACGGCUGGUGGCAGUACACAUUGCUACUUAGAAUUGCAUGGUACCUGGAUUCUCAUUCUACCAGUGCGCAUGGCAAAUUCUAUUUUAUUUUAUUUUUAACUUGUCACUCCAUCUGCGGUCAGCUUAAUUUUGUAGGUACUGUACUGUGGAUGACUCUAGCCUAUCACAUCCCCAUUUUGUUAAUACCUGUUGAAAUGGACAUAAUUUUUAGGCAGUAUCUUACUGACCGUUGCUGCUGGACCAUGUAUAUAUCGCCUGCACACCGACAAACGGUGGUGGGUAUUCAGUACUUGGAAGGUCAACACUUCACCAGGUUACUGACGUCAAGCUGAACCAUGGCGGCCGUUCAGUUACUUUUGUGACACAUGGAAGAAAGAAACAGGAAAUAUGAACUACUAAGAAAUACUAUCUGGAACUGAAUAUAAGAUAAUCUACACUUUUUGAAGAGCAUCUCUCUCUCUCUCUCUCUCUCUCUCUCUCUCUCUCUCUCUCUCUCUCUCUCUCUCUCUCUCUCUCUCUCACUGAACAUUUUCACAUUCUCAAGCCAUUACCCAGUAAGCAACAUCUUCCCUGUUCCAUUUUUAGAGGACCAAGGAAUAGCAACAUAAUAUGAUAUACGAGUAAUAAAGAUAUUUUUCGUAUUAACUGCCAAAUACUAGACUAGCUACUUGUUAUGUGUCUCACUCGUAAACAGUCGUAGCAAUGCGUGUGUGGCCGUGUAAUCAACAUUCUCCCUCUAUACUAUGUUUUUCAAGGAGCAAAAUGCUUCAGUCUUGAUGAUAAAUUAAGUUCUGUCCCAAGCAAGGAUCCAGGUACGCUACACUUGACGUGAACCACACAGCAUGUUUACGUCAUCGCCGCGGUGGGCAGCGUCCUGUAGAUAAUCAAAUACAACUGUCAAUAGAGAAAAGAUGAAGGAAAGAAGUCACUUGGAUACGCCCCACAGAUAAGAGGGUCUCAGGUACGUGUACAAUAUGAGCUUUCUAAAAGCUUAACGUUUCCAACAUUCCAGUCAUUAGAAAUGAGAGAGUGUCACUUAAGCUUAGCACACGGGGCUUGGUCGCCUACGACGUAGCGUGUGACCGUGUGUGCCUGUGGUGGCACCCCGAGGGCCGUGGCAGAUGUGAGGGACAGCACAUAGACUAAGGAGGAAUCAUAUCGCUAUUUUAGCCUUUUUUAUGAGUUAGGCAAUGAAUAGUCAUUAUGAUUAAGAGCAUGUUAUCCUACCUGUACUCAAUUACGAUUUAUCUAAUCUGAAAUCGGAUGUAUUGACUUACGUGAUGCUGCUCUGUUCACUCUAAGCAGCCUUGUCGAAUCUUUGUAAAACCAUUAUUGAUCGUAUGUUGUAUUCAGAAUUUUUUUUUUUUUCUGCGUCUUACAGCUGUGAGUAUUACUGACAAAUAAAUGGCAAUUUCAAAUACUAUUGGAGAUAAGAAUAACGCCCUGAGGAGUCUGUCAGACACAGAAGUGAACUAAACAACCAAUUUUGGGGUUGCGUGCGCUGUCACAGAACAAAUUUCUGGAGGAGACGUAUUCCGCAGUAUUCUUAUUCAAAAAUACAGCUUAUCAGAAAAAGAAAUGCUACACCAGAAAAAAAUAAAUAAAAAAAAAAAACAUUCCUUUCAGAGAACAGAAAUAAGUAAAUAAAUAAAUAGAAAUCAACGAAAUCAACUAAUCCUAAAUUUUUCAAAUAAACAGACCGACAAAAAAUGUUUUCAAGUAUUGUUUGAAAUUUCACAUAUAAGGAAACCUUUUUCGCACUAUACAAAUAUAUAUAUAUAUAUAUAUAUAUAUAUAUAUAUAUAUAUAUAUAUAUAUAUAUAUAUAUAUAUAUAUAUAUAUAUAUAUAUAUAUAUAUAUGUGUGUGUGUGUGUGUGUGUGUGUGUGUGUGUGUGUGUGUGUGUGUGUGUGUGUGUGUGUGUACUAAACUUAAUAAGAGAUUUAACAAUUGCCAAAAUUUAACUAGUCGUCUCAUUAUGAUACACAAUAAUUAUUGUUGGUAUCACAGCAACAAAGUAUAUGGAAAAUUUAUACUACAGAUUUGUAUAUAACACAUCCUAGAAUGGCACGCUCAUCUGAAGCAUUACAAAACCCGCCUGGAUUCUGUCUGCGGGUUCAGAGUGAACCAAGUGUGAAAUGCUUAAAAAUUCUCAAGCAAAGUUUCCUUCUUAUAUAAAACAUGUUUUAUAAAACUCAUGAUUGUAUUGUUGUAGAACUACUGUAACCUACUGUUGCUCUUUGUGUCCUGUACCAGUCAAAUACACCAUUAUCGACUCAA